AUGUUCUCCGUGUCCCGCAUCCAGCGCCGGGCCUUUUCGGCCACUGCCCGAGACCUGUCCAAGGUCACCGUCCUCGGUGCUGCCGGUGGCAUUGGCCAGCCGCUGUCUCUGCUGCUGAAGCUCAACCCGCGCGUGACGGAGCUUGCUCUGUACGACAUCCGCGGUGCUCCCGGUGUCGCUGCGGACAUUGCACACGUCAACACCAAGUCGACGGCCAAGGGCUUUGCGCCGACCGACGAGGCCGGCCUGGCUUCGGCCCUCAAGGACGCCGAGGUGGUGCUCAUCCCGGCCGGCGUGCCUCGGAAGCCGGGCAUGUCGCGGGACGACCUGUUCAACACCAACGCCAGCAUCGUGCGCGACCUGGCCAAGGCUGUGGCCGAGUCGGCCCCCAAGGCCAAGGUGCUCGUCAUCUCGAACCCAGUCAACAGCACGGUGCCCAUCGUGGCUGAGGUGUUCAAGGCCCGCGGCGUCUACGACCCGAAGCGCCUCUUUGGCGUGACCACGCUCGACGUCGUCCGUGCCAGCCGCUUCGUCAGCGAGAUCGCCAGCUCCGACCCCAAGGAUGAGAAGAUCGUCGUCGUCGGCGGCCACAGCGGCCACACCAUCGUGCCGCUCUUCAGCCAGAGCAGCCACCCGGAGCUGUCCGACAACGCCGACCUCGUCCACCGCGUCCAGUUCGGCGGCGAUGAGGUCGUCAAGGCCAAGGAUGGUGCCGGCUCUGCCACCCUGUCCAUGGCCUUUGCCGGCGCCCGCUUCGCCGACUCCGUCCUGCGCGCCGCCCAGGGCGAGAAGGGCGUCGUCGAGCCCACCUUUGUCGACAGCCCGCUCUACAAGGACCAGGGCAUCGAAUUCUUCUCUUCCCAGGUCGAGCUUGGCCCCGACGGUGUCUCCAAGAUCCUGCCUCUCGGCAAGGUCGACGCCAACGAGGAGAAGCUUCUGGCCGUCGCCUUUGAGGACCUCAAGAAGAACAUUGCCAAGGGCGUCACCUUUGCUGCCUCCAGCCCCGGCAACUAA